AUUUAAUUUUAUGUAACUUUAAUUUAAAACAAAUAUUUAGAUUUUGAUAUUAAAUAUGAAAUUCUUAAUAGCAUUGAUGUGUGGAUUGGUUUGUAUUGUGAGCGCAGACUAUCCUAUAGAGGACUAUAAAGCGGUCGCAAAGUCCCGGAACUUCACGGGGAAAGUGAUUCUCGUGACCGGUUCCUCGUCGGGAAUCGGAGAGGGAAUCGUUAAACUGUUCUCAAUAUUAGGGGCUAAUGUUGUGGUCACCGGAAGAACAGCUCCAGAUGUUCAACGAGUAGCCAAAGAAGUUCAGGAAUUAUCGCCAUUAAAAUUGAAGCCAUUAGAAGUUGUUGGAGAUAUCACUAAAUCGUCAGAUGUAAAUAAUUUGAUUGAUUCUACGGUCAAAACGUUUGGCAAAAUUGAUGUAUUGGUCAAUAACGCCGGUAUAUAUCCGCAAACAAACAUCACUCAAACGGAUCUAUUAUCAGUUUGGGAUCAGGUAUUUGCCGUCGAUUUACGCGCUGUCGUAGAGCUUAUCCACCGAUCGGUUCCACAUCUGGAGAGGACUAACGGAACUAUUAUUGAUAUUUCCAGUGGCUUAUCUCUCGCACCGCUUAAAACAAUGCUUGCUUAUUGUCCGGCCAAAGCGGCUCUGGAUAUGUUGACCAAAGUAUUAGCCCUGGAAUUGGGGCCCAAAAACAUUCGCGUCAAUACUAUUAAUCCGGGUGUAACGCAUGUGAAAGAGCCUAUGAACCCAAUGGAAAUACUUGCGGCCAAAUACACGCCAUUGGGAAGAGUGGGUCAACCCCUAGACAUCGCCCGUGCGGUCGCAUUCCUGGCCUCCACUGACGCCCAGUUUAUUACCGGCGCCAAUGUGUUAGUCGAUGGCGGCUUUGUAUAUAAUAUCGGUGCAUUAAAUACAAUGUAAACUCUGUUAAACAUUGACUUAUUAUGAUUGAAUUAAACCAAUAUUAUUUUGAAAAUAAACA